GUUUUGGCUCGACUCGGCCCGCGGCAGUUCUGGGAGUGGAGUUCUAAAAACAGCAGAGUGUUCUUAAUAUUCCAUCCAGUGAUUUCGAAGACUUGCCUCUUAUUCAAGACGUGGUGCAACAAUGGGUCGAAAGAAGAUUCAGAUUUCACGUAUCACGGACGAACGAAAUCGUCAGGUGACCUUUAACAAGCGGAAAUUCGGCGUGAUGAAGAAGGCGUACGAAUUGUCGGUGCUGUGCGACUGCGAGAUCGCGCUGAUUAUCUUCAGUUCGAGCAACAAGCUGUACCAGUAUGCGAGCACCGACAUGGACAAGGUUCUCCUCAAGUACACCGAGUACAACGAACCCCACGAGUCCCUCACCAACAAGAAUAUUAUCGAGGAACAUAAGGGUGCCAUGUCUCCAGAGAGCCCGGAACCUGACGCAAUCGAGUACAAUCUUACCCCGCGCACCGAGGCCAAAUACACGAAGAUCGACGAGGAAUUUCAGAUGAUGAUGCAGAGGCACCAACACAAUGGCAGCAGGACAAUGGGACAAUCGAAUUACACGCUACCGGUAUCUGUACCAGUGAACAGUUACGGCGAAUCUCUUCUUGGAUCUAGUCCACAGAUGGCACAUACCAGCAUUUCUCCACGUCCAUCAUCGUCUGAGACGGAUUCAGUGUAUCCACCGGGAGGAAUGUUGGAAAUGAGCAAUGGUUAUCCUCCAUCAGCGUCACCGUUGGGUGGUUCACCUAGUCCAGGACCAUCGCCCGCGCUCGGAGUCGGUGGAGGUAGUGCGAACAAAGGCAGCAAUCCGUCUAGGCAUUCGCCGCAACCUCCACCACCGCCGCCACCACCUCAUCCUCACAGGGCUAACCUGCGAGUGGUUAUACCGACACCGCUCGCGCAACCUCUCUCCGAAGACACUAAUUACGAUAAUGCCCAUACGCAGUCUGCAUUGAAUACACCUGUAGUAGCGUUACAAACACCAACAGUACCAGCCGGAUACUCUAGUUUUGGACCAACAGAUUACUCUUCGGAUCUUGGGAGCCUUGCAUGGCCCACUCAUCAGAGGUACGUUGUUGAUGAGUUAUAUUCGGCAGCCACCAUAUCCGGCAUCAGUAGUCUUCCUCAUCUAGCUGUAUCGAGCAGUACACCACCACCAUCUACGUCGCCUUUACCUGUAAAGAUAAAAAGUGAACCGAUAAGUCCACCCAGAGAUCCUCACGGUAACAGUGGAUCCAACGGUGGACCCAGCAACGCCAGCAGUCUACAUCAUACAAACUUAAACAUCGGUCCGUCGUCCAGUACCGGUGCCCCGCCGCCACAUCACGUAUCUCAUCCGGGACCUCAGACGCUGAAUUUGGUAUCAAGUAGACCGAGCAGUAAUCCACCUCCGUCCCACUCGGGUAGCAUAACACCGACAAAUCUACCAUCGCCGGGAAGUGGUACGGUCGGUGAUAUCAGAACGAACCAUUCUAGCGGUGGCGGGAACGGAGGGAACAGUUCAGACUACGAGAACGGACCGCUCAUGAAACGCUCGAGAAUCACGGAAGGUUGGGCGACUUAAUGUCGAUUAAAUUGUUGCACUCAUCAGUUGUUUGAUACCUCCUCGACGUACAACGGCAUAUAGUGCUUGUGAGUUCCAGUAUAAUUACAUAAACUCCUUUAAACGUCUUUGAGACACGUACUUCGUACUAUCGCGAUAACGAUGGCUACGGGAUGGGUACG